ACCUAAUAUAACACGUAGAAUAUCACACUACAAUCCCGCACAGGAAGUUACACGCACAAUAUAGAAUUAAGUUGCAAUGAAUUUUUUAGCAUUAUAUUUUUUUCUAUACUUAAAAGUUUGCUUGAUAUCUUGCCAGUCUCAGUGCAAAAAUUUUCAAACUUGUGGUGGAUGUAUUGGUUAUGCUCAUGAGAAGUGUGUUUGGUGUUCUGCGAAAGAUCACACUGGUCGCAGAUGUCAAUCAAAUACUUCACUAGAUCAAUCGUGGUGUAAAGAACCUGUCUACGAUCCAGAAUUUCACGUUGAAACACCAGAUAACAAAGAAUUUAACGAUGACAAAGAUAAAGGGCCAAUAAUACAAUUUAAGCCGCAAGCUAUGACAAUUAAAGCACGGACUAACGUUCCUAUUAAAAUUAAUAUGUCUUAUAAGCCUGCGAAACAUUAUCCGCUAGAUGUAUAUUACUUAGUGGACUCUUCAGAUACAAUGAAAUCAUACAAAGACAAACUUUUCGAUCAAGCUUUGGAGAUCUAUAAGCAACUGUCUCAGAUUACCAAUAACGUCAGAUUGGGUGUUGGCAGUUUUAUAGAGAAACCCGCUUUACCUUAUGUUGACGUUACCGCUCAAAUAUCAUAUUCAUUCAAGCACCAUCAAAGUUUAACAAACGACAUGAAUUUAUUGUCAAAAGCCUUACAAGAUCUUAAAAAAAUAAGCGGCACCAAUAACGAUGAACCCGAAGCAGAUCUGGAUGCGUUGAUGCAAGCAAUGGUCUGUAAAAAUGAGAUUGGAUGGAGAAAUAAUUCUCAUCGCAUUAUAUUUCUCAGUACUGAUUCCACUUACCACAGUGCAGGUGAUGGUAAGUUUGUAGGUGCAAUAAAACCAAAUGAUAUGCAGUGCCAUUUAGAUAAUAAUGAAUACAAAAUGGCUCUUAUAUUUGACUAUCCUUCUGUUAGUCAGAUCAAUAAAAUUGCAACAGAAAAUAAAAUCAUGAUUAUAUUCGCCGCUGAUCCAAAAGUUCAAAAUGAUUACAUGGCUUUGGAGAAAAAAAUUACUAAUGCAAAAUAUGUUCCACUAUCGAAAUCCGGUGUAUCCGAUGUAGCUGAUGUAGUAAAUAUGAUCAUAAAAGAGUAUAAGGAGUUACUUGUUAGUGUACAAAUAGAUGCGAGUAUUCCACCUUUUAUGAGUUUAACAUUUGAACCAGACUGUACUGGGAAAGGAAAAUGUUCCUAUAAACAUUGGCCUGCUGACAUAGUUGGUACACUAAUGAUUAAAUAUUGUCCAACGGAUAACAAAUAUAACUAUGAGGUCAAAAUUGGGCCAGUGUCGAUUGAUGAAAGAUUAACAAUAAAUGUUAAAGUAGAUUGCCAAUGUGAAUGUGAGAAGCCAGGUCAGGGGGAAAAGGAUUCAGAUAAAUGCAGCAACGCUGGAACAUAUCAAUGUGGUAUUUGUUAUUGCAACCCAGAAAGACAUGGAGAUUUCUGUAAUUGUAAUGGAACUGUUACGAGUGGACAGGAUUUGGAUAAAUGUAAAGCGAAUCCAGAUGACCCUAAAUCAUGUAGUGGUCGUGGAGAUUGCAGAUGUGGCAAGUGUAUCAAUUGCCAGGAAGGAUUUUCAGGCGAUUUCUGUGAAUUUGAUGACAAUUCGUGUGAGCGACCUGGUGGUGUGCUGUGUUCUGGACGUGGAAAGUGCACGUAUGGUAAAUGUGAAUGCGAACCAAAUUGGCUGCCUACUGAUUGCCGUUGUCCAAAUAACAAUAAUAGCUGCAUAGCACCCAACUCCAAGGAGCUAUGUUCUGGGAGAGGCAACUGCGUCUGCGGCCAGUGCGUUUGCAACAGUGCAACUGAAUAUUGUGUCGGCACAUUCUGCGACGAAUGCCCGGAAUCAGCCGCGACGCGAUGCCUGGAGUUAAACGACUAUGCAUAUUGCAACUUCAAUGGAAAUAAGACUGUCUGUGAUGAGAAGUACAACUUUACAGACACCGACGUCAUUCUAGUGAACAAGACUUCCAUAUAUACGCAUAGAUGGUUCAUGGCCAAAAUGUGGUGCAGGAAAGUGUUAGACGACGGACGAAUACUUGUGUACAGAUAUCAUUAUCCGAAGUCGGCUACUAGUAGCACUUUGCGGUUGAUAAUUCAGGAUGAGCUGGAUAUGCCGGCGGUUGCUGAUGUGUGGGUUGCGGUCGGCAGUGUAAUAGGGGCUGUUUUAUUAAUUGGAAUAAUAACAAUAGUCGCUUGGAAAAUCCUUGUGGACCUACACGACAAGAGAGAAUACGAGAAGUUUGCGAAGGAUUCCGUGGAUGCAGGAUACGACGUCUCACUGAACCCUCUGUACCAUUCGCCUGCAACUAACUUCUUAAAUCCUGCCUACAAUAGUUGCAAUUAACUGUUAAAGGGUGAUCAGGUAUCUUGUAGAUUUAGGGUACCAGGUAUCUUGUGUGUCUAGCACCUUUUGGGUACUUCUCCACUGAAGCAAAGCGGAGCAUUGUGCUCUUCUUUUAUAAAGUUGACCAAUCAGAUUUUUGAUAAUACGUCGAAUUGAACUGUUAGACAACUGUCCACUUCAGUGUAUAGACACCCUAAUAGAGAUGUUGAAGAACUAACGUUUCGAAUCUUGCCUUCAUGUAAAAAGCUCUAAAGAAAAAUAAAACUAAAGCAAGUAA